UCCGUACCAGCUGAUGAAAAGUGUAUUCUUCAUCUCUUCAUGUAAGCUUUCAGCUGAGAUGAAUAGUUAGGAAGACUGCAAAGAUCCUCUCAGCUGAAAAAUGGUCAAGCUUGUUAUAUUUGAUCUCGGGGGUGUUAUAGUUACUAGUCCUAUCUUUACAUUUCAGAAAUAUGCGUGGGAAAAAGGGAUUUCAAGUGAAGUGAUCACUAAAAGCUUUAGUAACAAUUCAAAAAGACUGGAUACAGGUCAAGUUUCUCUUUCUCAGUUCUGCUCUGAAAUGGAUGUAAUCUAUGCAGAGUAUGCUUCAAAACAGGAAAAUGAUCCCUGCAAGACUAUAAGGUUUCAAGACAUCAUGGAUGAUUACUUCUCAUCAGCCAAAGUAAUUCCAGAAAUGCUUAAUGCUGCAACAGCUCUGAGGAGGCAUGGUAUCAAGACCUGUAUCCUGACAAAUAACUGGACCAAUGACAUAGUGAAGAAUUACAAAUUAUCGCCUUUUCCACACUUGCUCCAUUACUUUGAUGAGGUGUUUGAAUCAUGUAAGAUUGGUUUCAGCAAACCUGACCCAGAAAUUUACAGCCAUGUCUGCUCAAAGAUGGCGGUGCAGCCCUCAGAGGUGAUAUUUCUGGAUGAUUCCCCUCAAAAUCUCAAAACUGCAAAAGGAAUGGGAAUGUUAACUAUUCUUGUUAAAAAUCCUAUCACAGCUCUCAGGGAUCUUAAAAAGAUAACAGGAAUUGAUGUUUUUCAGCAGCAUGCGGUGGAACCCUGUGCUCCUCGUGAUGCCAUUCACUGCUACAUCAAUCUUAAGACAGGCAUCAGGAUGCACUAUGUGGAAAUGGGGCAUGGACCUGUUGUAAUUUUACUUCAUGGUUUCCCUGAAUUAUGGUACAUUUGGAAAUACCAGAAGAAUCAGACCACCUAAAAAAGACUAAACCAUGAGAGGGAAGUAUGGUGUUUCAACAAGAACUUGACCAGAGUUGUGGCCUGUUCUAAGAUGUUAUUUUG